AUGCCAGAAAUCCCAAAAGAACAAUGGGCGCAGGUCAUCGAGAAGACCGGUGGACCCGUCGACUACAAGAAGAUUCCCGUACAGCGGCCUGGCCCAGAUGAGGUUCUCGUCAACAUCAAGUACUCUGGUGUCUGCCACACUGAUCUGCACGCCGUGAACGGUGACUGGCCCCUGGCCACUAAGCUACCUCUUGUCGGUGGUCACGAGGGCGCUGGUGUCGUCGUUGCUCGAGGCGACCUUGUCAAAGACAUCGAGAUUGGCGACUACGCUGGUGUGAAGUGGAUCAACGGAACAUGCCUUUCCUGCGACUUCUGCCAACAGUCAGACGAGCCUCUCUGUUCGCAGGCCCUCCUUUCCGGUUACACAGUCGACGGUACCUUCCAGCAGUACUGCAUUGCCAAGGCUGCUCACGUUGCCCGAAUUCCCAAGGAGUGUGACCUCGCCGCCAUUGCUCCCGUUCUCUGCGCUGGUAUCACCGUCUACAAAGGCCUGAAGGAGUCCGGUGUCAAGCCCGGUCAGUGGGUCGCUAUCGUCGGUGCUGGUGGUGGUCUUGGAUCUCUUGCUUGCCAGUACGCCAAGGCAAUGGGCUGCCGCAUCAUUGGUAUUGAUACCGGCGACGAGAAGCAGAAGAUGGUCACCCAACAGCUUGGUGGUGAAGUAUUCGUUGACUUUGCCACAUCCAAGAACCUCGUGGCCGAUGUACAGAAGGCUACACCCGAUGGUCUUGGCCCCCACGCAGUCAUCCUCGUUGCUGUAAACGAGAAGCCGUUCCAGCAAGCUGCUGAGUACGUCCGACCUCGUGGUACCGUCAUUUGCAUUGGUCUCCCAGCCGGUGCCUACCUCAAGGCCCCUGUCUUCGAGUCUGUCAUCAAGAUGGUCAGAAUCCAAGGUUCUUAUGUUGGCAACCGCAAGGACAGUGCCGAAGCCAUCGACUUCUUUGCUCGUGGCUUGAUCAAGGCACCAUACAAGGUUGUUGGGCUCUCCGAACUCCAGAUGGUGUACGACAAGAUGCACGCUGGUGCCAUUGCUGGGCGAUACGUCCUCGAUACCUCGAAGUAG